AUUUCUGCACUUGUUUUUUCAGGAUGCCAAAGAUGCAUCUCAGAAAGAUGUUUAUUUGGGAAACUUGAACUCUGGAUCUUUCAGGACAUUUACGCGUCAGAUGAUGGAUUGUCACCAGAAUAAUCCUGUAAACACAGAAUCUUGUUGACCUGUAAACGAUCUGAACUGUCCGUUUCAGAAAACAAUCGGCUUCGUGUUGCUGAUAACAGGAAGGAAACCGAACCUUCAACUGUUUUUCUUAUCGUUUAUUGGAUGAGGAGACGCGGCGCUCGAAGGGAGAUCCUGGUGCGUAACAGGUCGCUGCGCGCUGGAGACGCGUGGCUGCGGGCGCGGGGCCGCGCGCGCUGCGUCCAACAUGGAGAAGGCUGUUUGAGUCCCGGGUCGUCCCGCCUGUUAUCACGGGCUCGGUUAUGCAAAGCAGCAUUUCACGCUGAAUGGAUUCUCCAGGAAACCCUCGUCUCCUUUCAGCUCGAGGUUCGUCGGACCUGCGACUCAACCAAUCAGAGGCGCUCCCCGGCCACCUGCAGGAAGUUGGGCGUCCACUUAUCUCCUCCCUCCUUCACUGGCGUUCCAGAUAACAGCUGCAGCAGUUGGAGAGGCAGCCAACCACCGCCGCUGCCCGAUGGACGCCAGCGCCGCGUAACGGUCCUCUGCGCACUGAGACAGGAGGUCAAGGUUCACGCCGGCGGGAAGCUGCUCUCAGGCAAACCGGAGACCGAGGAGGAGCAGCGCGGGAUUCAGCACGGCACCAUGAGCGUCCCGCUUUACGCGCCGACCCCCAUCCAAGCGCCCCAACCGACUCCCUUCUACAUCGACGACAUCCUGGGACGGACAGCCAGCAGCGCUCCAGUCUCCUCUCCAUCCUCCUUCUCCACCUCCUUGUCCUCCUCCUGCUCCACUCCGCUCGCCCCCAUUCCCACUCUCCCAUCACCCAACUCCUCCUUCACCAGUCUGGUCUCUCCGUAUCGGACGCCGAUUUACGAACCCACGCCCAUCCACCCGGCGCUGACCCACGCCGCCCUGACGGCCACGUACGCGUCCGCUGGAGCCUUCCCGGGCUCCGUGUACCCGUUCCACCCCCCACACCCGCGCUCAGUGGGGGACUACGCGCAGGCGCUGCUGAGAAGCGACUCUCUGGCCGCUGCUGUGGACCCCGUUCAUCCAGCGGCCUCUGCACAAGCGGAAGGGCGGCCAGGUCCGCUUCUCCAACGACCAGACCGUGGAGCUGGAGCGGAAGUUCGAGACGCAGAAAUACCUGUCCCCCCCCGAGAGGAAACGGCUGGCGAAAAUGCUGCAGCUCAGCGAGAGACAGGUGAAAACCUGGUUCCAGAAUCGCAGAGCGAAGUGGAGAAGACUGAAGCAGGAGAACCCCCAGGGGGGGAAGAGGGAGUUGGAGGACUGCGUCUCUGGGAAGAGUCUAAAAGGAGACCAAGCGGCGGAGCAGGUGGGGGUCCAGAGCCUGGAGCAGAGGCAGCAGGCCGGCCUGGUCUGCCAAGCAGUGCAGGCGGUCCGUGGGGGGCAGCAGCCCCACACGGACCCGGACUCCGAGCUGUCAGAGGACUCAGACCAGGAGCUGGACAUUGAAGAUGACGAUGAUGAUGAGCUGAAGUUAGAUGCCUGACUCUGGAUUCAGGAAGGAGCUCGUUUGAUCCCUGAUGGAGGGCGGGGGAAGGACACUUUUCCUUCGUCCCUCCGGUCUGUCAGCCUCGGAAGGCCAGAUGUGGAGGAAGCCUUCAAACCAGGAGCACAUCUGUCCUCUGGAAUGGACUGAACCCAGAGACGCCUUCAGAGUAACGGGUCACGACAGGACUGAGUGAGGCUGCGUGAAGACGAAUGACGUCGUGCUUGUAGGUUAAUCUCUGUCCUCUAACUGCUGUUUUCUGGAUUAGAAAUGCUCUUAAAUCUAAAACCCUGAUGUUAUAACCCGGGGUUGAGUCAGUCAGUCGGUGGGAAUGGAUCCUGUUUUCUUCAGAUGAUCAGUGUUGUGUAGAUGAAACGUCAGGAAGAUGCUUCGGUUGCUCAGACUUGACCAAAAACGCAAACCGGAUUCAAAGGGACACUACGCUCAUUUUGAAAAGACAAAUUUAUUAUUAUUAUAAAAAACUUUCCAUAGAUCAGAGCCCACAACAGACAGGGAAGUCAGCGAUCCAGGGGCAGCGCUGUUGUGCGAUCAUCUUCCUCUUUGAGAGUCACGGUUUGUGAGGAAUGAAUCCCUGCAGCUGCAAACUGACAGACUGAGCACCUGAAUGAGGUGUUUCAAAUAAAUGUUCAACUUUACUGUAAAUAAAGAACUUAAUGGAUGAAUCAUUCA